GGUAGUUGCGGAAGGAGUCAGACGACACCCGACACUAGCGCUAGCGAUGAGGUGGAACGUAAACAACAAUCCUGCUGAUGCUGUCGUUCUCCAGGACCACGUAUCUUCCUUCUCCUUUAACUUAGAAAAUUUUUAAGCUUCUGCGUGGACUUUUCCGCCGGGGUUUCAGCCAUGGGGUACGCACAUCAAUUGUGUAUCUUGUCUCUUGUAAUCAUUUCAUCAUGUAAUGCUAUUCCAAAACCUGAGGAGAGUGCAAUGCACUUGCAAAAGGAUAUGAGCAAUAAGCCCCACUAUCAGCAUGGUGAUGAACACAACACACAGUAUGAUCAUGAGGCUUUUCUUGGUGCCGAAGAAGCUAAGACUUUUGAUCAACUAACCCCAGAGGAGAGCCGUCGACGAUUGGGUCUAAUUGUUGACAAAAUUGACAAAAAUACUGAUGGGUAUGUUUCCCAAGAAGAACUCAAGGAUUGGAUCCAGUAUACUCAGAAGCGUUACAUCUCAGACGAUGUUGACCGUCAGUGGAAAGCACACAACCCUGAAGCUAAAGACAAAAUAACUUGGACCGAAUACAAGAAAAUUAUGUAUGGUUUUAUGGAAGAUAUGGACAAAACAGACUUAGAUAAGGAUGAUGAAGGUUCCUCGUACCAGAAUAUGGUUCGGAGGGAUCAGCGCCGCUGGGGUGUUGCUGAUGUAGAUGGUGAUGGAGCCCUGACUCGGGGAGAAUUUGCUGGCUUCCUUCAUCCUGAGGAAACAGGACACAUGAGAGACAUUGUUGUUCUUGAAACUCUUGAAGACAUUGACAAAGAUAAAGAUGGACGUGUUUCCCUGGAAGAAUAUAUAGGUGAUGUGUUCCGCAGUGGAGAUGGUGAUGCUGAACCUGAUUGGGUGCGAAAUGAAAGAGACCAAUUUAAACAGUACAGAGACAAGGAUGGUGAUGGAUACAUGGAUAAGGAAGAGGUGAAAAACUGGAUUAUACCUCCUGACUUUGACCAUGCUGAGGCUGAAUCUCGCCAUCUUAUUUAUGAUUCUGACUCCGAUGCUGAUCAGAAACUUACCAAAGAAGAAAUUUUGAACAAUUACGACUUGUUUGUUGGCUCACAGGCCACAGAUUUUGGGGAGGCUCUUACUCGACAUGAUGAAUUCUAGUCAAUCAUUGUUAUAUCAGUCUUAGCGUCACUAACCCAAAUGUCAAGUCUUAGGACUCCAGACACAAGACUAGAAUCUCUAUAUUAUGAACAGAGCACAAGUAUUUUAACUCCAAAAUAGGGACGAUAAAUUGUAUUAAUUUUCAUGCCGUAUGCCUUAUAUAUUUCUAACAAAUGUGAAGUAGCCGAGAACAAAUCUUAGGCAUUAUCAUUUCAUUAUGAAAAAGUGUGGUGAUACAUGUCCUGAAGUAUUUUGAUGUGAUAUCCAAUGUGUUCCUGUGGUGCCAAUGCUAUUAGAUUAAUAAUUAUGUCAUAGAAACCUUUCCUUGCUCUUCUACUUAAGAUUUUAUUUCUUUAUAACUGUUUCUUGCCCUGUCAAUGUUUUUGGGAACCAAACUUUUUCACAUGAGCUAUAAUGAAGACAUGCCAAAUAUGCAUUUAUAUUAAACUUCCUGUUAAUUUUCUAUUUUAUUUUUAUAACAUUGUUAUACAUAUUUGCAUUUUUAUGUGUGCAUUUAACAGUAAGUUUCUGCAUGUCAUGGUCUGUUAUCUUCUCUAAAAUUUGGUGUCAAUCUAAUAAUUUGGUAGCCUUUAGAAAAUGGUAUAAAAUGAAUAUUUUAAGUAUUGUCAGCCAUAUUCCCCUCUAGAAUCUCUACUUCUUUCUUACAUUUUAUCCACUUCAUAUAACAGUAUUCUCUGAUUUCUUAUGUUUGUUUCGCCUUUCAGCCACUAUUGUUCUCAAUUAUUGUUUUCAGGAAUACUGUACCAAAUUCAUAUGAAUCUCAAUCUCAUUGUCGUCUUCCAUUCCAGCUUAGUUCUUUAUCUUCCAUUUCAAGUUCUUAACGGUAACAUUUAAGACUCAUAUUUUGAUGUUUAGUUCGUACUCGCUCAUAGAAUUUUAGAACACCCCAAAAUCUCAUGAUCUUCAUGUUUACAUAAUUUUGCAGUGGUGAAUAGCCUGAAUGUUUCAUAAUUUUCUUAACAUUUACCUGCCAUGGCAUGUCAACCACCAAGUAGUCCCAGUUUUGUCUGUAGAUUUUUUAAAGUGUCAACAAUGUGUCAUGGACUUCUUUAAGUGUUUGUGCUUAAUUAGGAUUUUAGAUUUUAGUUUUUUGCUUUGUAGUAGAAAUAAACCUGAAGUUAUCAAUA